AUCAUCUGUGUCCUUACAGUCUUCCGUUUAACUGGCGAGCUUGUCAGAGUUGAUUCUGUUUCAUAAAAGCACUUUUGACUUCAGUUGCAAGGCGACCCAACGCGGUCCGGAAGUGCCCACUGUCCUACAGCCUCUCCUGUACGUUCUUCUCCUCUCUGGCCAUCCACCUCUGUGGUUCCUCAUGAAAGACGGGGAGUGCAACUUUUUCUGUUUCUUCCGCUGCUGCUGAGCAGUGUCGUGCUAGUUUCGUGGGACAGCAUUCUCUGGGAGCUGUAGUUCCCCUGGUGGCGCAGACGGCCGUAGAGCUGUCAGUCAGUCCCACCGAGAGAGACCAGACGUCUCUGCCAGGGAAUGUCUGUGGACAUGAACAGCCAGGCCUCUGACAGCAAUGAGGACGACUUCGGGGUCAACUCUGAGGAGGAUGAUGAUGACGAUGGGGGUGACGAGGAGGACCAGGGGGACAUAGCGGACUACUAUGACGGUGUGGCUGGAGAUGUGGAGCAGCAGGGGGCAGACUCGUUCGACCCCGAGGAGUACCAGUUUACCUGCCUAACCUACAGGGAGAGCCAGAAGGUUAUCUGCGAGGAGGUCAACAAUAUCGCUGCCAUCUUGAAGGUUUUACCUGCUGUAGCCAAACUGGUCCUUGUGCACUUUCACUGGCAGGUGUCACAAAUACUGGACAGAUACAAGUCCAACUCGUCUCAGUUGCUGUCGGAGGCCCACGUCCAGCCCAGCAGCACCUGCAGAUCAGUUCAUCCGCCUCCUUCCCUCCACUGUGGGGUGUGCCUGCAGCUGGUUCGGAGGGACGCCCUGCUCGCGCUGCCCUGUCAGCACUCCUUCUGCAAAGCAUGCUGGGAGCAGCAUUGCACUGUACUCGUCAAAGAUGGGAUGGGAGUGGGCAUCUCAUGUAUGGCUCAGGACUGUUCCCUCCAACUGCCCGAGGACUUUGUGUUCCCACUGCUGCCUGGCGAGGAGCUAAAGGACAAAUAUAGACGCUACCUCUUCAGGGACUAUGUGGAGAGCCACUUCCAGUUGCAGCUGUGUCCAGGGGCAGACUGCCCUAUUGUCAUCCAAGUGCAGGAGCCACGGGCCCGCAGGGUGCAGUGCAUUCGCUGCAACGAAGUGUUCUGUUUCAAAUGCCGCGCCAUGUACCAUGCCCCAACCGACUGUCCCACCAUCCGGAGGUGGCUGACCAAAUGUGCAGACGACUCAGAAACCGCCAACUACAUCAGUGCACACACUAAAGAUUGUCCUAAGUGCAAUAUUUGCAUUGAGAAGAAUGGAGGCUGCAAUCACAUGCAAUGCUCCAAGUGCAAACAUGACUUCUGUUGGAUGUGUCUGGGUGAUUGGAAGACCCAUGGGAGUGAGUACUACGAGUGCAGUCGCUACAAGGAGAACCCAGACAUCGUCAACCAGAGCCAGCAGGCACAGGCCAGAGAGGCACUCAAGAAAUACCUCUUCUACUUUGAGAGGUGGGAGAACCACAAUAAGAGCCUCCAGCUGGAAGCUCAGACUUACCAGCGGAUCCAGGAGAAGAUCCAGGAGCGGGUGAUGAAUAACCUUGGCACCUGGAUAGACUGGCAGUACAUGCAGAACGCUGCCAAGCUGCUGGCCAAGUGUCGCUACACACUUCAGUAUACGUACCCCUACGCCUACUACAUGGAGUCCGGUCCUCGCAAAAAACUGUUUGAGUACCAACAGGCCCAGCUAGAGGCGGAGAUUGAGAACCUGUCCUGGAAAGUCGAGAGAGCGGACAGCUAUGAGAGAGUGAGUGAGGGGGAGCUGAGCGCCAAUGACCGAGGGGAUCUAGAGAAUCAGAUGCACAUUGCCGAGCAGAGGAGACGCACGCUGCUGAAGGAUUUCCACGACACCUGAAGUCUUCAUCCUACCCCAAAGCACCAGCAGCUUCCCUUUCCUCUCUUUCACGCUCCUUCCCUUUGUCUACAUAUCCCUCACUCACCCUUUCUCCAACCUAUCCCUCAUUAAGCGCUCUAUCUGCUACAAGGUCUCAGAAUGCCCCCCCCCCCCCAUUACGAUUGGUGGUCAGGAAUGCCAUGUUCAUACACACUACACUAUGAAAUGAGAAAGCAUGCACGUGCUCACAUACACACACCAUUUACACACAAACAUGCUUAAACACUCCGCAACAAAAGAACAAAACAUUAAUUUUUAAUUUGCCUCCACCCAUAUGAUCCCACAGUCCUUCAUCCCUUCUCUUUCUUUGUUCUUACAUUCUUCACAUUUUUUUCUGGAACAUGGCUGUUGAUAGCUAGAUCAUUGAAAAAAGAAAAAAAGAAAAAAAGAAAAACAAAUGCUGUAAUUUAACGGUUGUACAUUAAUACAGAAAUAGAGUUACUGAGAGUUUUUAAACCAGA